AUGGAGUUGUUCAAGGCUGCUUUACCAACUAGAGACACCCUUCCGACUUCAUUCUAUGAGGUUAAGAGGUACAUGCAAGAUCUUGGAUUUGGCUACACCAUCAUAGAUGCAUGUCCAAACAAUUGUGUUCUAUUUAAAGGUCCUCUACAAUCUGAGAAGGAAUGCCCAAAAUGUCAGCAUCCUAGGUACAACCCGGGUAAACGGGAUGAGGUUGCCAUUAAGAAAGCUAGGUAUUUCCCCAUAAAAGGUAGGCUACAAAGGUUGUUCAUGAUGAAAUCAAUUGCUAAGGACAUGAGGUGGCACAAUGACAAAUGUGUUGAUGAUGAUGUACUGAGGCAUUCUGCUGAUGGAGUAAGUUGGAAAAGUUUUGAUAGAUAUCAUAGUUGGUUUGCUUCAGAUCCUAGGAAUGUCUGA